AUGGCAUAUUUCAAUGACAUGGUGAUGGCGUGGCACACUGAUGACAUGGCAUUGACGACAGGCACGGUGACAUGCUUCGACACGGAUAGGAGGGACAUAUUGUACGAGGGAGUUGUGAAGGCCACGUAUGGAUAUGUCAAUAUCACCCCCCUCCAUCCUUCGCAGCCCUUCCAGGUUGGGUGGAUUCAGUACGCCAAGCCUGUCCGCAUAUGGGACCCUGUCACGGGGCUCCAAGCAAACUUCUCGACCCGCUUCUUGUUCACCAUCGAGAUUGAUGGCUCUAAUCAGUACAGCGAUGGCAUGGCCUUCUUCCUCGCUCUUGUUGGGAUCUCAAUCCCGCCCAACUUGGCCAGACAAUUCCUCGGAUUGUUCAAUGGUAGCACAGCUAAUGACGGGCCUCGAAACCAGAUCGUCAUGGUCGAGUUUGACGCUUACAUGAACCCAGAGUUCGAUCCCCCAUUGAAUCACAUAGGAAUCAAUAAGAACCAGCUCUCUUCGCUUGUUAUGACCACUAGGAUCCCCGAUUGCACGGCGGGAAAGCGAUCGAUAUUGUAG